UCUAGGUUAGGCCCCAAGAGUACAUUUAUUGACUAUUUUCUUGGUUAGUAGGAAUGACAAUAGACUUAUCUAGGUUAGGCCGGAAGAGUAUAUUUAUUAACUAUGUUCUUAAUUAUUUUUUCUUCAUUUAUAUAAGACAAACAAUACAAUUGCAUAAUGCAAUUGCAAAUGAAUGCCAUGUCAUCAUAAUACAAUUCUAAUUGCAAUUCCAAUGGAGAUGCUAUAACUUUUGGUUGGAUCGAAAUUGGGUUGGGCCAAAAAUUGUCCACACUUCUCCUACCGUUCGCUUGCGGCCCAAUGGGCACAUGUAAAAGCCCAAAACUGGGCCGUCUAAGAAAUUUGUCUCUCCUCUGCGCGCCGCUGAUACUUCUUCUUCUUCUUCCUCUCACUCUCGCUCCAUAGAGAAAACACCGGAAAGGAGUACACCCGGCGGCGCAAAACCUCUCCACAGGUAUGUCUCCGGGGCCGGAGCCUCCGGCGGUCUUCUCUCCCGUCUUUUCAUGCCAUCUAUUGUCUUAUUUACUACUCAUCUCCCUGUGAAAGAAUUUCAAUAUAUCCCCAAAUUCGGUAGCUUUCUCAGGGAUUCAUUAAACCCUAGUUUCUUUUCUGUGUUCCAGAAGCACCAUUCUAUGUUAGAAAGUGAAAUCGUUUGAAGAAUGUGAUUCUGAUUUCAGUUUUCAUUGUUCCCGUCGAUUAGAUUAUCAUUUCUCAUUCUCUCCUUUGCUAUUCCUGGGUUUAUCGCAGGCAUAUAUUCACGUGCUUGGCAUUUUAAUGAAUGGGUUCUGUUAAAGGAAUGCGCUUUUUCUGUUUACUAACAUGACAUGAUGGAUUUGGUGAAUUUUUUUCAGAUGGCCUUAAGAGGUGUUUGGCAGCUGAGAAAGCUGAUUGUGAGUUACUCUGAUUGGGGUGGAAGUAGCAGGGGCAUCAGGGCAUUCAUGGAGAAGCACCUUCCAUCGUUCAAAGAGGCGAAUCCCCAUCUGGAUGUGGAAACUGAGCUCAUUCGAGGCCAACACCCCCACUUGAAGGCCUUUUACAAGAACAACAAUGAGCGCGUGGUAUGCGUGAGGAACAUGACUCCAGAAGAAGUACUGCUGCAUGCUACCCGGUUGAGAAAUGCCUUGGGGAGGAAGGUGGUGAAGCUGAAGACGAGACACGUGACCAAACACCCGAGCGUGCAAGGUACAUGGACGACUGAUGUGAAGUUUUGAUGCAAUGGAGAUCAUUUGAAAUGCUCUAGUUCAGAAUCUUCCCAGAUUGGACUCAUGAUCGAGUUUUUUAGUUCACUAUAGAACUUUGGAAUCAUAUGGAAGUAGUCUAUGGUAGUGUGUUGUAGUGGCGAUACCCUGCAAGAGGAUCAUUCUCCUAGUUCUUGUGACUCACCUUGGCAGAUUUGGAAAUGUCUUUUGAUGUGCAACAUUAUCGAUUUCUCUUAUCAAUAACUAGCAGAGUGUGUGAGCGGCUCAAGCACUUGAAUGCAUUCGUAUAUGAAAUGAUGUCAUUAGUCGAUUUGCGAACUCACUGGCAGCAUGAACUGUCUACUCUAAUUUUCCUUUUGAGUGGAGAAUCACAACUGGCAAUUCUGAAGCAAGAGUAGCGGCUUGGAUAAAAAGGAUUCGCAAUGGAUAUGAUAACCGUUAUGUUAGUUAUUCCCAAGUGUGCUUGGUGUGAAAGAUCUUGAGCCUACAACCUAAGCGACUGUUGGAGAAUAAUGUCAUUUGCUAGAA